AUGUCUUCAUUCCUGCGCUUCCGAACACUCCCCAAGCCUGUAUCGGCACUAUCAACCCGUCGCGCAUUGCGCACCUACGCAACCAAGAAUGACGGCAACGACUCGCAGACUACCCACCAGCAAGACUCUCCCAACCACCCUAUCCCCUCCAACAAUGCCAAGCCCACCCUCCGCGACGGCAACCAGUCACCCCUUGCGGACCAGGAUGGGAACCUGAAAGAUGAUCUACCCAAAGAUGUCAAGAAACACAACGAGGAGAUGGAAGAGCGAUAUGAUAAGCCCUACAACCAUACUGGCGAUCAGGGACAGACAGAAGCAUCCUUCAAGCCUAAGCCUUCGUCAUCGAAAGAUUAG